UUUGUGUAAAAUAACAUGCGUUCACGGAGCAGGAGUCGCAGCCGGCAGAGGGAACGCCGCAGAUCCGUUUCCAGGGAUCGUUCCCGCUCGGAGAGAAGAACCUACCAAAAACCGCAGCCAAGACGAUCAGUUUCCCGCGAGAGGGAAAGAGACAGGGAGAGGGAGCUCCACAGGGACAGGACUUCACAUCGCAACUCCCGUCGUUCCAGGGAAAAGGAGGUGGUGUCUCGCCGCCACAGAGCCCGCUCCUCAUCAUCCAGCAGCUCCGGCAGCAGCAGUCGAAGCUCUAGUUCCUCCAGGAGCCCAUCCAGAAGCCGAAAAUCCCGCCCAAAAUCCGUGGAACGAUGGCCCAACGAUCGUUUUCACGAAAACAACGACAGGCGGCAGAAUCCCUUCCGGGGAAGGGCUCCCGAGGGCAGUUUCAUUAAUGACCCUGCAGAACCCUCGUCCAGAUCGCAGCACAGAGGCCGAGGAGCCACCCAGUUCAAAGGAGAUUCCAAGGCGAUCAAUGCCCGCCGGAACCAGAGAGUUCGCAUCGCCGAGGAGGGCGUACCAGAAGUCUGGGGCAAGAGCCCAUCUCGGCCAGAAAGCGACGAAGUGGAGCUGGUAAAGGGCUCCUACAUGGGACCCAAGAAGAAAAAGAAGAAGGGCAAGAGCAAACACAAGAAAGCGGACAAGAAAUCCAAGAAAAAGUCAAAGAAAUCGAAGAAGAAAAAGAGCAAAAAGGAGUCCAGCUCCUCGGACGACUCCUCCUCCAGUUCAUCUAGUAGCGAGGACAGCAGCGAUGACUCCAGUAGCUCCAGUUCCAGCUCCGAAAGCGAGGAUGAGUCCGAGGCGGAAGAUGUUUGGCUGGAAAAGACUGCCGAGGGUGUCAAGAAACCCAAAAAGAAGAAGUCAUCCACCAGCAAAAAGGAUAAAAAGUCAAAAAAGAAGAAAAAGAAGCGGAAAUCAGAGGCCGAGAAGUCCAAGAAGAGCUCCUCCUCCAGUGGCAGCAGGUCCAAGGCUAAGGAUAGUGCCUCCCACAACGACGAGGACGUGGGUCCUUCACUGCGAACAGGUGGAAGCCUGAAUCAAAAGGAUUUCGGAAAGGCCCUGUUGCCCGGAGAAGGUGCCGCCAUGGCUGCCUACAUCGCCGAGGGCAAGAGGAUUCCCCGCCGUGGUGAGAUCGGCUUAACCUCCGACGAGAUUGCCAACUUUGAGUCCGUUGGCUACGUGAUGAGCGGCAGCAGGCAUCGGCGCAUGGAGGCGGUGCGUAUCCGCAAGGAGAACCAGCUGUACUCCGCCGACGAAAAGCGGGCGCUUGCCAUGUUCAGCAAGGAGGAGCGGCAGAAGCGCGAGAACAAGAUCCUGUCGCAGUUCAAGGACAUGAUCCACUCAAAGCUGCAGGCCAAGGACAAGAAGUAGGCGAGCCAUAAACUAUAUUCAGAAAUGAGUGGAUCUUUUGCUGCCCCAGACCCAACGAAACACCUAAACUUUAUAAACUUUUAAAAGCAAUCAUAAUAAAAAAAAUUGUAAAUUACAUUGAAGAUUUCCUGGCUUAACCAGAAAAGAAAUUUGUACUUACUCACUAUUUGCAAACAUAGGACCGAAAAUAUAUUCUUCUAU